GGAGGUGCCGCCCAGGUUGGGAGCCGACUGGUGACUGGUGCUGGUUUGGCCGCGCAAUGUUCCGCGCGAGCCAGAUCUACCAGCGGCAGACUGCAGCGCCGAAAGGCGUUGCGGCAUCCACUCCUGGCGAUUCGGCGGGCGCAGACGCCAGCCCGCCUGCCGCGGCACCUUCGAAGCCGGUCCAGUGGAGAAGCGGCCCCGCCGCCUGGCAGGCGCAGCCCAGACCAAGGGCGCAGCAUCUCGCGCGAACAGAUUGGACGCGGUCCGCGCAAGUGGAAGGAGGCGCAGCGGAUCAUGCUGCUUGGUCUUCUGCUAGUUGGCCUUCGGAUGAUACGUCCCAGUGGGAUGCCUACGCGAAUCCCCCGCCAGCCGACGCGGGCCCGCCUUCCACCGGCACGCCGCCGCCAGCGGCGCCGCCAGUGCUGCUGAGGCCGCCGGCGGGCACUGCGCUGGGCGGCUAUGCAGGCGGCAGGCCCCGCCAGCCGAGGCAUCACAGGCAGGGCAGGCCGCACCAGGCCUGGCAGCAGCGUCCAGCCCCGCGCCCCGGGGCUG